AUGGCGAGUUACGGAGGAUACGGCGGCUCCGGCGGGGGCAAUUGGGGUAGCGGGGGGUCGACGAAGCCGUCGGAAAGGUCACGAUGGACGCCGCUCACCCGCAUGUUGCUGUCCGGCGAGAUGACGCAGGAGAAGCAAAAAGAACUGACGCCCAGGGAGAAAUUCGAUCGGUGGAUGGUGAACGAAGGGUACCGCCGAAUUUUCGUCUUCGUGUUCAUGUUGCUCCACGCGACCGUGUUCGCGUUCGGUUUCGUGCACUACUCGCUCAAGGACAGCCUCCAGGUCGCGCGGGAUACGUUUGGGCCGACGUUCAUGAUUGCCCGUUCUUCUGCCCUGGUCCUCCACGUCGAUGUCGCCCUGAUCCUCUUCCCAGUCUGCCGCACGCUCAUCUCGCUGGCGAGGCAGACCCCGCUCAACGGCAUCAUCCAGUUCGACAAGAACAUCACGUUCCACAUCACCACGGCGUGGUCCAUCUUUUUCUUCUCUUGGGUUCACACGAUUGCCCACUGGAACAACUUUGCCCAGAUCGCCGCCAAGAAUAACCUCGGCUUCUACGGAUUCCUGCUGGCCAACCUGGUCUCGGGUCCCGGUUGGACGGGAUACGUCAUGCUGAUCGCCCUGACGGGCAUGGUCAUCACGUCGGUUGAGAAGACGCGUCGCGCCAACUACGAGCGGUUCUGGUACACGCACCACAUGUUCAUCGUCUUCUUCUUCUUCUGGUCCAUCCACGGCGCUUUCUGCAUGAUCCAGUCCGACUUCGCACCCUUCUGUGUCUCGACCGGCGCCUCGGCUAUCGGCGUCUUCUGGCAAUACUGGAUGUACGGCGGCUUCGCCUACCUCGCCGAGCGCAUUGCCCGCGAGAUCCGCGGCCGGCACAAGACGUACAUCGCCAAGGUCAUCCAGCACCCGAGCAACGUGUGCGAGAUCCAGAUCAAGAAGGAAAACACAAAGACGAGAGCCGGGCAGUACAUCUUCUUCUGCUGCCCCGCCGUCUCGCUGUGGCAGUAUCACCCGUUCACCCUGACCAGCGCGCCCGAGGAGGAUUACAUCUCGAUCCACAUGCGCGUCGUGGGCGACUUCACGCGAGCGGUUGCCGAGACCCUCGGGUGCGAGUUCGACAAGAAGAAGAGCGAUUCGUCCAAGGUUGUCGGCGUCGACCAGGACAACAACGAGGUGGAUCCGGCUUUGAGGCGGGUGCUUCCCCGAGUCUACAUCGACGGGCCGUUUGGAUCGGCAUCCGAGGACGUGUUCAAGUAUGAGAUCUCGAUCCUGUGCGGCGCUGGUAUCGGCGUGACGCCGUUCGCUUCCAUCCUCAAGUCGAUCUGGUACCGGAUGAACUACCCGCAGAAAAAGACGCGGCUCAGCAAGGUGUACUUUUUCUGGAUCUGCAGAGACUUCGGCUCCUUCGAGUGGUUCCGCUCCCUGCUUCUUGCCAUCGAGGCACAAGACGUGGAUAACCGUAUCGAGAUUCACACCUACCUGACUGCCAAGAUCAAGGUCGACGAUGCCACCAACAUCAUGAUCAACGAUGCCAACGCCGACAAGGACACGAUUACCGGGUUGCGCUCACCGACCAACUUUGGCCGUCCUAACUGGGAUAUGAUCUUUAGAGGCAUCAGGAAGCUACACAGUCCCUCCGAGGCCGGUGUGUUCUUCUGUGGUCCCAAGGGAUUGGGAAGCACGUUACAUAUCUUGUGCAACAAGUACAGCGAGCCUGGGUUCAACUUUGUUUGGGGCAAGGAGAAUUUCUGA